CAACAAUUAGCGGCUGGUAUCUUUCAGGAGCGGCUGUUAUGAUAGGAUAGCCUUAGCAAACCUCUCAGUCUUACGAUUUUAUUCCCGUUUUCAGCGCUUCUUCUACUCCAGCCUGUAGUUUUCUGUGUGUCAGGUUUCAUUAUGGACAACAACACACAGUCCAAAGACAGCACGGACCGGUCCGACCUGGUUUCUGUGGACGGUAAGAACAGCAAGUCUGUGCUGUGCCAGCGCUGUGGGUCUAAAGUCCUGUGCCCGGGGAUGGCUGUGUUUGCAGAGAAAGAGCUGUUCCUACCCUCCAUGCGGAAAAAGAGUGGCCUCAGCUCCACAGACGGCUCGGUGGAUGGGGACACUCUGACUGCCCAUUGGUUUGUGGACGACAUGUACACUUUUGAGAAUGUGGGCUUCACGAAGGAUGUGGGCAGAAUUAAGUAUCUCAUCUGCGCAGAUUGUGAGAUUGGACCAAUCGGCUGGCACUGUUUGGAUGACAAGAAAAGUUUCUUUGUUGCACUGGAAAGGGUGAAUCAUGCAUAGUGUAAGAGCAUAUGUGAUUCCAUAAGAACUUGGCAGGCUAUGCAUCUUUCUGUAGAUUUACUCCAAGUGUUGACCCCCAACAAACAUAAUCCAUCACACACAGUGACAACGGUGUGGCCAUUCUAAUAAAAUUAUUUUGUUUUUGUUUUUUCUGGGAGGAUUUGAUGAAACUUCAUCCUGUAACUGUUUUCAGAGGAAUAUGAUGUUAGUUUAUUUAACCCAUGUAAAAUGACAUGUAAUGUAAUCUUAUCAGAGAAAGAGUUGUCAGUGAGGAUUCCAUAAAGAAUAAAUGCAUCAUUUACAUGAAUAAUAAGACAUUAUGUCUUAUGCAUAUUCAUACCCAUACCUACAUAGUGUAUAUACAAGUCCAUAGACAGUUAUUUACUUGACCAAACAUAAGUGUCAUCAGACUGUUGUAAAUGUAUAAACAGCACACAGGCCAUAAGUGUUAAAUGCAGUCUCACCAGACUUUGUAGAAACAAUUCAGAUUGGUGCCUUAUGACCUGAGAUCUAAAAUAACUGUAUUAAAUUAUUACACUUGAGUACUCAAACAUUUAGUCUAUCAUCACUAAAUUAGUGGAAGCUGUUGAUGACUGAUUUCAGGCUUCUCCAAUGAGGUUGUGUUGGGUAUUUCUUUUUUUUCAUGUCUAACAAAACAAACCAUUUGAAGUUCACUCAUGGAUAACACACGUCCUGAUAACUUGUACUUUCAGUGUUUUGAUUACGUAGACAAUGUUAAUAGAAUUUUCAGCAUUCCAAAGUCCCAGAAAGUUGCUUAUAAGGUCCUUGUUUGUGUUUUCCCUUAAAAUACAGGCAGUGCUAAACUAAGUGCUUACAACCAAUACAUUUGUUGUAGUUUUAUGGUCAAAACGGUGUAAUUUAAGAUUUUAUUUUUAUUUUUUUAUUUUGUGUGGACUGUAACAGGCUCCACCCUCUCUAAGCCAAUAGCUGUGGUGUUAGUCAGCUGACACACCAGUGAGUGGUGAUGGGGGAUUGUUUCUCUUCUGUUGUGUUUUGGGCUGAUUGAAAAGGAACAUUACAUUAAGUGCAACUAAUAACUGACCGUGGGUGGAAAUUCAGGAAACUCUGGUUUAUGUAGUAUUAAAUACUUAACCUAAUAUGUACUUGCCACCAUUAAAAGACUAUUUAAACUGUA